GUCCCCUAGUGCCCAGUGCCAGUGCCUUAAGCCAAGGACUUAGCAUUUGCUAAGUCUCAUGGAGGAAAAUUAUUUAAAACCCAGCCAGACCUUCGGGGCGCCCCUCUACACAGCGUAGUUGAAAUCUAAUAAUUAUUCACUUACACCUGAACAAUGUACUUUCUUCCUCUUCUCAUCUUGGCCGCCACGGCCGCUAGCUCCUCCACUACCGAGAUAUCCAUCUUUGCCGCCCACACCAAUAGUUCUUCGUCCACGACCUCCAUCUGGGCCGGUGUAGCAGGCAGCAUUGUCUCCGCCAACUCCUAUGCGACCACCAUCGCCCUCGCCUGCACGGCGACGGACGACUGCACAGCCCUCAACCAAUGGACCCUGACGCAAGGCCCAUCUACCUUCCGCGAGAUCGCAGUCGAUACUACUUCCAGCGACGGGGUGGAAGUCACUAUCACUGAAGUGCUCAACUGCCAGAUCACAGCCAGCACGCAGGGGGCAGAGUGCACCAUUACCGAGAGUGUCAUAGCCGCCGUUGAAGGACAAACGGCGACGACCGCUACCUCUGAGAGUUCUACCCUUACCUCAGGUCAGGUUUAUUACCAGACGCUCACCAUCACAGCGGGUGUUGAGAAGCUGGCGACAACGACUGAGACAGGUGCUGCGCCAAUAUUGACCGGGGGACCGAUGGCUGCGGCGGCGGUGGCAGUGGUUGCGGCUUUUCUUUAAGUACAUAGCCUCCUUGUAAAAAGCGGGGAGCCGUGCAAGACUUACCUAUUUAAUACUAGCAUAG